GUAACCCGGUAAUUAUUCGUUCGGCCCAUUAACAAAGUCCACAAUUGAAGCAUUUUUGUGUACUCAUUAUUGGCCCAUAAUGGCGUUUUAGCUGGUUCUGUCUUCGCCGCCGAGCUUCAUCGUCGUCGAAGAAGUAGCUGUAUCUCUCAGUUAUGGCUGGUAGAAAUCGUAUGCCCCGUCAACCUGAUAACUUCAGAGGAUUCCGUGAUGGGCCACCACCACGGGUUAUUAUGCAGCGAGGACCAGGACCCCUCCCUCCUCAUCCAUCAGUCCUUGAAGAGGAACUAGAGCUCCAGCAUAGGGACAUGCAGAGAUUUCUUGCAGAAAACAGACAGGUGAUUGAUGAGAAUGUGAUGCUUGAGAGGGAAUUAUCUGCUGUAAAAGAUGAAAUACAUAGAUUAAGUCAGUUCAUUCCCAAAAUGCGUGCUGACAAUGAGGCACAAGUAAGAGAGUAUAUUGAGAGAGGAAUGAAGUUAGAGGCUGAUCUUCGAUCUACGGAGCCUCUGAGGUUAGAGGUAAUCCAAUUGAGAGCUGAAUCUCAGAAGCUAAGUGCUUUACAGAAAGAAUUAUCUGGACAAGUUCAAACUCUUACUAAGGAUACUAAUCGACUACAAACUGAGAAUAAGCAACUAUCAUCUAUGAAGACUGAUAUUGAUAAAUUGCAGAAGGAAUUGGUGGAAGCAAGGAGACAAUUUGAAUAUGAGAAGAAAGCAAAUACGGAACUGGUGGAACAAAAUCAAUCUAUGGAGAAGAAUCUCAUUUCAAUGGCUCGUGAAAUUGAGAAGCUGCGAGCAGAUAAAGUUGGACGGGGUCUUGGUGUAGGAGCCUAUGGCAUGAUGAAUGGAAGCCCUGAGAUGAGAUAUCCCGGCGGAGCAUAUGGUGAUCCAUACAGUGGUGGUGGUUGGGGUUCCUAUGACAAUCGUGGUCCUCCCAGACGUUGAAUCUUAUAUAUAUUGUGACAGCACUUGAAGUGAAAUGUAAUGUGAGGUUUUCUCCCUCUUUAGAAAUGUAACUCUCAACUUUAUGAAACAAAUAUGCUUUGAAUUCAAGAUUUUCCAAUUGGACCUUGGGCAUGAGAAACAAAUCUUUGAUAAAAUUCAUACCA